CGCGCUUAGAACCCGUGGAAAUGACGAAGGACAAGCGUGCAGACCUUUGGAGGGAACGUGGGAGAGGAAACCCGGGUUUUAAGGCCCAGCUUAGGCAUUCUUUGGCAAAACACAGAGCACUUCGCUUUCUGACUUGACCUUCUAGCCUCAACGCGAAACUGAAAAACUUUCUCUUCCACCUCCCUCACCCUUUUGUCUGUGGGGUUGGGUGUGUUUCGCCUGGAACCCCCACCUCCGGGGUCCCGGAAUUCCAACACCACCUUCCAGACCCAGGUUUUGAGAAUUGUAUUUCUUCCGCGCGUCAACGACCCCGAGGGGUGCAGCCUCGGAGGACGACAGUCCGCGGCCCCCCGCAACCGUGGGCCCGCCGAGCCGGGGAGUCGGCGCCGCCGGGGCAACCGGGGCGCGCAGAGCCGGGGGCGGGCGGGCGGCUGCAGGGCCCGGCGCGCCACCGCGCGAGCUGCUGGGUCACACGCCCCGGCCGCGCCGCCCGCUCCGCGAGGAAGUGACGACUGCGCCGUCCCGAGAGCAACAAAGUUUGAGUCUGCGGGCUGCGCUCGCCUGCGCCCCGCGCCCCUCUGAGCGGCCCCGGGAUCCAGCGCGCAGGCUCCAGGGCCCUGUGGAACAUCAUGAACUGGGCAGAGUAGCUGAGGCCAAGAACCUCUCCGCCAAGAGCAAGGAAGAGCCGACCUGCUAUCUCCCUGUGCCUGGCCUCAUCCCCCUCCCUCUCUGCCCCCACUGGCUCCCGGACAAGAGCUGGGCUUCCAGCAGGACCUUCCCACAGGGCAUGGGCAACUGGUGAAGUAGGGCUCACUGCCAGGGCCCGGUUGGCCACACCAUGAACCUCCAGGCCCAGCCCAAGGCUCAGAACAAGCGGAAGCGUUGCCUCUUUGGGGACCAGGAACCAGCUCCCAAGGAGCAGCCCCCACCCCUGCAGGCCCCACAGCAGCCCCCCGCCCCUCCACAGUCCACCAGAGUAAAGGAGGAGCCUUACUUCGGGCACGAGGGCCCGGCAGGGGCGGCCCCUGUCUCCCAGCCUGUGGAGCUGCCCCCUCCCAACAGCCUGGCCCUGCUGAACUCCGUGUAUGGUCCCGAGCGGACCACGGCGGCCAUGCUGUCCCAGCAGGUGGGCUCCGUCAAGUGGCCCAACUCCGUGAUGGCUCCGGGGCGGGGCCCCGAGCGCGGAGGCGGCGGGGGCGUCAGCGACAGCGGCUGGCAGCAGCAGCCCGGCCAGCCUCCGCCCCCCACGACGUGGAACCGCCACAGCCUGCCUCUCUACAGUGGGCCCAAGGGGAGCCCCCACCCCGGCAUGGGGGUCUCUACGUACUACAGCCACCCCGAGGCGCUGAAGCGGGACAAAGGAGCGGGGCCGCAGCUGGACCGCUACGGAAAUGCGGUGCGGCCGAUGAUGCCGCAGAAGGUGCAGCUGGAGGUCGGGCGACCCCAGGCUCCCCUGAACUCUUUCCAUGUGGCCAAGAAGCCCCCAAACCAGACACUGCCCCUGCAACCCUUCCAGCUGGCGUUCGGCCACCAGGUGAACCGGCAGGUCUUCCGGCAGGGCCCACCGCCCCCCAACCCGGUGGCGGCUUUCCCGCCGCAGAAGCAGCAGCAGCAGCCGCCGGCGCCGCAGGCCGCCCUCCCCCAGAUGCCGCUCUUCGAGAACUUCUAUCCCAUGCAGCAGCCCCCCUCGCAGCAGCCCCAGGACUUUGGGCUGCAGCCGGCCGGGCCCCUGGGGCAGUCGCACCUGGCUCACCACAGCAUGGCGCCCUACCCCUUCCCCCCCAACCCUGACAUGAACCCAGAACUGCGCAAGGCCCUCCUGCAGGAGUCAGCCCCACAGCCUGUGCUACCUCAGUCCCAGAUCGCCUUCCCCCGCCGCUCCCGCCGCCUCUCGAAGGAGGGCGUCCUGCCUUCCGCCCCCCUGGAUGUGGCCGGCACCCAGCCUGGACAGGAGCCCACCAGCAACCUGUUCCUGCAUCACUGGCCCCCACAGCAGCCGCCGCCUGGGCCCCUGGGGCAGCCGCAUCCUGAAGCUCUGGGAUUCCCGCUGGAGCUGAGGGAGUCGCAGUUGCUGUCCGACGGGGAGAGACUGGCACCCAACGGUCGGGAGCGGGAGGCUCCCGCCAUGGGCAGUGAGGAGGGCGUGCGGGCCGUGGGCACGGGGGACUGUGGGCAGGUGCUACGGGGUGGGGUGAUCCAGAGCACUCGACGGAGGCGCCGGGCGUCGCAGGAGGCCAAUUUGCUGACCUUGGCCCAGAAGGCAGUGGAGCUGGCCUCACUGCAGAACGCAAAGGAUGCCAGUGGCUCUGAGGAGAAGCGGAAAAGCGUGUUGGCUUCAACUACCAAGUGUGGGGUGGAGUUUUCUGAGCCUUCCUUAGCUGCCAAGCGAGCACGAGAAGACAGCGGGAUGGUACCCCUCAUCAUCCCAGUAUCUGUGCCUGUGCGGACUAUGGACCCAACUGAGGCGGCCCAAGCUGGAGGUGUUGACGAGGACGGGAAGGGUCCUGAACAGAACCCCACUGAACACAAGCCGUCCGUCAUCGUCACCCGCAGGCGGUCCACCCGUAUCCCGGGGGCUGAUGCCCCAGCUCAGGCUGAGGACAUGAACGUCAAGCUGGAAGGGGACACUUCAGUGCGGAAACCAAAGCAGCGGCCACGGCCUGAGCCCCUGAUCAUCCCCACCAAGGCGGGCACCUUCAUUGCCCCUCCCGUCUAUUCCAACAUCACCCCAUACCAGAGCCACCUGCGCUCUCCUGUCCGCCUCGCCGACCACCCCUCUGAGCGGAGCUUUGAGCUGCCCCCCUACACGCCUCCCCCCAUCCUCAGCCCUGUGCGGGAGGGCUCCGGCCUCUAUUUCAAUGCCAUCAUGUCAACCAGCAGCAUCCCAGCCCCUCCUCCCAUCACGCCAAAGAGUGCCCAUCGCACCCUGCUCCGGUCUAAUAGCGCUGAAGUUACCCCACCUGUCCUCUCUGUGAUGGGGGAGGCCACCCCAGUGAGCAUCGAGCCACGGAUCAAUGUGGGUUCCCGGUUCCAAGCGGAAAUCCCCUCGAUGAGGGAUCGCGCCCUGGCAGCCGCUGACCCCCACAAGGCUGACUUGGUGUGGCAGCCGUGGGAGAACCUCGAGAGCAGCCGGGAGAAGCAGAGGCAAGUGGAAGACCUGUUGACUGCCGCUUGUUCCAGUAUUUUCCCUGGGGCUGGCACCAACCAGGAGCUGGCACUGCAUUGUCUGCACGAGUCCAGGGGAGACAUCCUGGAAACGCUGAAUAAGCUGCUACUGAAGAAGCCCCUGCGGCCCCAUAACCACCCGCUGGCAACGUAUCACUACACAGGCUCUGACCAAUGGAAGAUGGCAGAGAGGAAGCUGUUCAACAAGGGCAUUGCUAUCUACAAGAAGGACUUCUUCCUGGUACAGAAGCUGAUCCAGACCAAGACGGUGGCCCAGUGUGUGGAGUUCUAUUAUACCUACAAGAAGCAGGUGAAAAUUGGCCGCAAUGGGACGCUAACCUUCGGGGAUGUGGAUAUAAGUGAUGAGAAGUCGGCCCAGGAAGAGGUUGAAGUGGAUAUUAAGACUUCCCAGAAGUUCCCUAGGGUGCCUCCUCCCAGAAGAGAGUCUCCAGGUGAAGAGAGGCUGGAGCCCAAGAGGGAAGUAAAGGAGACCAGGAAGGAGGGAGAGGAGGAAGUGCCAGAGAUCCCGGAGAAGGGAGAGCAGGAAGAGGGGCGAGAGCGAAGCCGGAGGGCGGCGGCUGUCAAAGCCACACAGACACUACAGGCCAAUGAGUCGGCCAAUGACGUCCUCAUCCUCCGGAGCCAUGAAUCCAAUGCCCCUGGGUCUGCUGGUGGCCAGGCCUCAGAGAAGCCAAGGGAGGGCGCUGGGAAGUCACGGAGGGCACUACCUUUUUCAGAGAAGAAGAAAAAACCGGAGACAUUUAACAAGACCCAAAAUCAGGAGAACACUUUCCCUUGUAAAAAAUGUGGCAGGGUGUUCUACAAGGUGAAGAGCCGCAGCGCCCACAUGAAGAGCCACGCCGAGCAGGAGAAGAAGGCCGCCGCGCUGAGGCAGAAGGAGAAGGAAGCGGCGGCUGCUGCGGCCACCGCAGCCGCCAACUCUCCCCACCAGCCGGCCCUGCGCGAGGAGAGCGGCGCGGGGGAGCGGGGCUGACGGCCCGGGGUGGGGGUGCCCGGCCGAGAGGGCGCCCCGCGGCCGGCCCGAGCUCCUGCAGCCCCCAGGGGCAGCCAGAGGGAGCGCCGAGAGACGGCGCGGACUCCGCUCUGCAAAACGAGACAAUAAACGGCUCUGUUAGUUAUCAAAGGCCCAGGAGCAGUCUUCAGGGCUACAGGAUCCAGUUCUCUCCUGGAACCGAAGGUCCCCGCCUGCAGGGGCUGCCCCUCGGGAGGGGCGCCACUGCCGCCACCGCCGCCGCCACCCACACCGGGACCUCUGCCACCGCGCAGCCUCUUCAGUUCCUCUUUGUGUGUCCCCGCCACCACACCCCCACCCCCACCCCUUCGGUCCGGUCGGUCGUGGAGAGCCUGGCAGGGUGGUUCCCCUCCCCGAGGAUGUCAGAGGUGGCACUGGUCCUGCCCCCAAGGCCCCGGCAAAAGGGACUCCCCUGGAGGGAGUGUGGCCGUCCUCGCUGAGAGGGAGCUCAGCCUGGUACCCGUGCUGUCUGUAUGACAAUGGCCAGGCCUACGCCUCUCCAGUGACCCAGUCCUCCGGCCACCUCCUCUGGGAGGAAAGCUGCCGGAAUGCCUAGAGGUCAGAGGACAGGUGCCUGUCCCUUUGCUGCUGGCCCGCAGCCUGCUGGGGCUGAACAGUUUCUCGAAUGGGGGUGGGGUGGGGGUGGGGCAGCGUUCCUCUCCGGAGCCGCCGGGAGGGCUAGGAAGGGUGCAGAGAGUGGAAGCUGCGGGACUGGGCUGGAGGGAGCUCUUUGAUAGACCUUGGCUCUUCCUGCUUCCCACCUUUUUGCCAAACACCUUUGGGCCCUGGAGGCUGCAAAGGGAGCUUAUCCGGGGCCCAGCCUGCUCCCCCUCGGUGUGAGUUCCUUCCCUGCCUCUUUCCUGCCCUUGGCAGCUCCCCUCUAUUCCCAUCCCAUCUGGUCUAGCGCAGCCCCCAGUCCUGCAUGCUGGAGAUUUCUGGAUCCUUCCCUGGGAGGGGGAGGUCUCCUAACCAGAUUGGACAGGAGCCUUCAUUCCUUGACUUGUGUCAUUUGGGAGCUAUUUAUUUAUUCGUAAUAUUUAAUUUUUAACAUCCUCUCAGGGACCAGGGGCCUCCUGCUUUACAGAGGCCCAAGUGCAUUUAUCCCAAAACAAGGCACCUUCUUGGCAUCCUCAACCCCCCCCCCCCCCCCCCCCCCCCCCGCCCCAUUCCUAAGACCCUAAGGUCCCUCACCUCAUUGCUCUGGAAGCUCUUGCCAUUAGGAGUGAUAGUAGCACUGAAAGAGGGUAGAACGGUGUAAGGUGUCACCAAAGCCACACAAAGACUAGCAGAAGCAAGGGAGAUCAAAGGCAGUUCUUAAUUGCUACCUCUUCUCUAGCUGUAUUUUCAAGUUGCCUGAGGGGAUUGGCUGGAAGCCAGGAUUCUGGCCUUUGUUUCUGGCUUGACUGAAGCCAUAUUUGGCAUGGAGUCACUGAAGUGAAGGGCUGGAAGUUUCCAGGGGCCCCAGCACUUGCCAGUCCUAUAGGAGGGCUGAGUUACUUUUCUGAUCUUGUUAUUCAGCCUUAGUUGUGUUAAAAGUUACAAGUGAAUGCAAGUAUAUGACAGGUCAGCAGGUUAGGAAGGAGCUAAAAAUUCUGCCACUCUCCUUAUGAGAUAGCCAAAAGGCGCCUUGUCUGAUAGGGAGUGGGGAGGGAGUUUCUUUCUAAACUAUGCACUAACAGGUGUUUUUCAGCAUUCAUUUAUGCAUUAAUAUGGUUCUUCAGGACCCCAGCGAUGGGAGUAACAAAAUUCUUCUCCCUGCCAGACUCCAGGAAGCUACCUAGAUCUUCAAGUUCCCAGUUAAUUUCCCCCAAAGGCUUCUUCAAGGUCCCAAGACUGCGAAAAUCUGGUAUACCCUCCGGAAACGGGAAGGUGGCAAAUUCAGGCUGUCUUCUCAAUCACUUGUGUAAUAAGAGUGCCUUCGCAGCUUCGCCCCAAAGUGCUACUUAUGUUUCCCGAGGUUUUUUCUAUUUCAGUAGUAGUUCGUUUCAGGCCCCUCUGUAGACACAUGGUAAGAGGAAACCUGCUUCCUUGAGAGUGAUUCUCCUCUUCUAAGCUCAUAGAAACCAGACUGGGUAAAUGUUGGUGGAGAAAAUCAAGCUGGUACCUCUGUAUUAAUUCCACCAGACACUGUAUUUUAGGAGGGCUCGUGCUCCAUGAUGGAGUCCUAUCUAGAAUAUUUGGUGAAAGUUAAAACGUGUAGCGGGCAAAUGCCAUUGUUGCAAGUGAUCUGCGAACAAAGUAGGUGCAGCCCGUAGGAGUCGGGACAGGUAUAUCCUUUAUGGUGCUUUCUCGCUGUGAACACAAUCGGCUCGUCUUCUGUUAAUUCUUUUUCUUACUGUCUUCUAUUCAGAGCUGUUUGCUUUAAGAAGUUAAAUGACAAACACCUCCGGCUUUCUGAUGCCUUCCCCACACCAUCUCCCAUAUCCAUCUUCCAGUCUCCAUCCACACUUAGCUAAGGGCAUGAAACUAACCUAGUGCCUGUGUUCCAGACCAUUUCUGAGGUCUCUUACCCACCCAAGGAGACUGUGCUCCAGCACACUGUCCUCCAUGCCUUCAGCAGCCCCCCUCACAGCUAAGGUACACCCUCAUCCCUUCUGCCACCCCCUCUACCCCUGACAGAGGUUGUAUGUUGCUUAUGUCUAAAGAGAUCCCCUAUAUUUAACUGCCUCAGUGACCUGACCUCUUUCUUCUCAUGUGCCAGAUGUUAAGAUGAAGGAGGAAUACAACACAUACUCAAGCCUCAGCUAUUUAAAUAUAUUUUCCCUGGGGCUUUUUUCGAAUGGUAUUUAUUACCAGACUGGCAAGCCUAACUCCUUAGGUUUACAGGAAGUAUGCAUAUUUUUAUAAAACAAUUGUAUGUCCUCCCCAUAUUUUGCUGUGUUAAUAUUUGCCUCUAACAGUUUGCAGCUGUUUCAACUUUCCCUCAUUUGUCUCUAAGUUGAAGGCCUUGUUUGGAGGGGACAGCACAGGAACAGCCUUGACAGUCUGUAAUUAUUGUACAAAUAUUUUAAUAGCAUAUAAAUAAGUAUAUUCCUUUUAUUUUGGAAAAAAAAUGAUCAGACACUGCCUUUUGUGUGUUUGCUGCCUGUGGCACCCUUUUUUAAAAAGACUGUUACAUAUUAAAAUAGUGUAUAUAUAUAUAUAUAAAUAUUACCUCUUUUGCUGUACAGUUGUGAUAGACCAGACUGAAGAUUUUAUUUUUUGUGUGCUUUUUAUAAAAAAGAAAAAAUAACACACUAAAGUAAAUCUUGCGGAUGUGAUUGUAAUGUACCUAUGUAACUUAUUUACUUUUGAAUGUUCUUCUGUAUCUUUAAACCUUUUAUUAAAUAAGGUUUUAAAAAUUCA